UAUGUAUUGUGUUGUAACUAUAUCACUAGAGAAUUUUCAGGACAAUAACACGUGUAAAUGUUAUUUAUGUUGAUACAGCUACUUAAUUUUAAUGUUCCUUCAAUCGAUGUGUGUAAACAAUAUACAACUGCUUAACAGUCUUUUCAAUUCGUGAAAUAUAUAAGAAAUGAAAAAACCGUAUUCCGUACGUGAUUGUUAACGUAAUCGGAUUUUGUUUAAAGAUAAAAUAUAAUUUUUUGAGAUAACAAGUAGUGGGCUGCACAGCUUUCACUGUCUUGUUAAAUAUUAUGACUGACUUGGAUAUAGAUGAUUCUUUAACCAAGUUGAAUACACAACUGAAUAAAUCUAUGGUUUUGAUGGAUACAUCGACAGAAAAUAAAACACACCAAUCGAAAAGUAACAGAUCUAUAAAAAUUAAUACAAAAAUUCAACCUGCCAGUGCUUCUAACGUUUCGCCGAUCUCCAGAAAAAGUAUUUUGAAAAAGUCUGAAGAGAGAAACAAACAACAUAGAAUAGAAGCACAAAAUGAAGAAAAUAACAGAACAAUAAAUCGUGAUAGAAUGUCAAUGAGUAUAUCAACUGCUCCUAGACCGCAUAAUAUCAAUGACUUAAUACAAGAAGAGAAUUUAAUUGUCGAAUCUACAGAUCCCACAUUUAACUUUGACAGUAUAUCGGACAACGAAGAAAUGUGGAUAAUGGACAUUCCUAGAACUAUCGAUCCACAAGAACUAAAAGGUCAAAUAUUAGUAUUUGGAGAGAAAUCAAAGUUUAAAAUUAAGGAAGAACGUUACUGUGCGGUGCAUCAUGAUAUUAAAUGCAAUAUAACUUGUGUAUUUAAUACUGGCAAAACAAAAACGCGAUAUAAAACAGUUAAUGCAAAGCCAGCAGGUACGAUAACCAUUAGACGGAAACUUUCAGGUACUUCAAAGACUAAACCAAUGCAAAUAGAAAAUUCUGGUGUACCGUUCCCUAAAAACUUGAAAAUUCGUCAUCCAUUAUUUGGUGUAAGCCACGAAGGUAAAGUCAGAAAGUGUGCAAUAAAGUAACUUAUUCGUAAAACAAAGAUGACACAAGUAAAGAAAAACAUUGUACAUUAUACUUUGCUUAAAAAUUAUAUACCGUUGACAAAUUGUGUAUCAUACUAUUCAUGAAGUCGUGUAUGUUAAUCUUUUUAAAUUACAGUUAAAUGUCAAUAAGCAUUAAGCAUGUUCAAUAAAUUAAUUACGAAUAGGGCGUCAAUUUGACAUCGAUUUUAUGAAGGAAAAGUAAAAUGUAAGAUUAGAUUUACAAGUUUUAUAAAAUAAAACAAACAACUGAGAAAGUUUGGCCAUUAAAACCUGAGAUAUCCUGUAUAAAAAUCAUUUCUUUGAUUCUACCAGAGAAUAAGAUUCGUCUUUUAAUUUCCACCAUUUUAGGGAAUUUGUGUUGCGUUCA